GAAAGAAAAAAAGAAAAAAACAAAUGCCAAGGUGUAAUAAAACUGAGCCGGUAAGUGAUCAAGUAAGUAAGCAGGUAGGCAAUCAAGUACGGAUAGCGCGUAUGUAACGCAGUACCGCACCACCAUUCUUUCUCUUUCUUUCUCUCUCUCUCUCUCUCUCUCUCUCUCUCUCUCUCUCUCUCUUGAACACGGCCCAUGGGAGGGGGGCACAUGAAAUGCAAAAACGGUGUCGGUGCCUGUAAGUAGAUAGGUGUGCGGACGGUGCUCGGCGUCGACUAAAGUAUGUCCCAUUGCAAUCAGUUUCGGUCUGCCACGGGUAGUUUUUGGACUUCAUGCAGCCCCCGCAGUGGUGUGUGUGUGUGUGGAGUGCAAAUUUGAUCAGGUACACCAAACCCCACUCCUAGGAUCACCAUUGCCUUCGGGACUGACGGACAGUUUCAGACCAAUACAGCAGCAGCAGCAGCGACGCCGUUGGGUUUUUUUUUCUUUCCUCUUCUUCUUCUUUCGUUUCGUCUUCCAUCUGUUCUGCCUGGCAGAAGGAUCCAAUUUUUUCCCCAUUUCAUCGUCGUCGUUGUCCGAGUUUGGUACGACGAGUGGUAAGCGAGUACAGAAGAAAGAAGUUUUGCGAAGUGAACGCGCAUUGAGAAAAUUUUCCCGAUUCUAAGUGCCGAAACGAAACCGAGGAACGGUAGGAGAAAAAAGUUUUCAUCCAAGUGGAAAUUUCAUUACCACGUGUUGUUGUUGGAAUGCUGCAAAAAAGGGAGCAGAGAGAAUAACAAAAAAAAAGAAAAAAAGUUGUUAUCAGUAAGUUGCAAGUUUCGGUGCAUUUUCUUUUCUUCUGUGCGUUUGUGUCAAAUUGAGUGCACGGUCCAGCGGAAGACGCAAAGAGCGCGAACAGCGAAAUUCCCUCGAAGGCGACUGGGUUAAGCGUGGUUUCAGUGCGGAACGUCGUUGCUUGAAAGGUUUCCAUUAUUAGAUAAUACCGUUUUUUUUCGGCAUCGAAAAAAUAACCCACAAUAAACCAACCACGAGGCAGAAGCAGCAGCAGUAGCAACGUGCAUCUUUUCAGUAUCCGAGCUUAAAGUGGUCAUCAUCGACCACUGGAAGGAGUUAGGCGAAAAAAAAACGAACAUUCACCGGUGGUUGAAGCAGUGAGCUGAUUACAGCAGAGCACAAACAGCAGAGCAAAAGCGGGAGCAAAAAAUGUUUUCAGAAGUACGGAUUGUGUCUCGUCGCAGUGUUAUCUGCCUUCAGCUUGUUACCGUGACUUUAGUGCUACUAUGUGUGGUGCCCUCGAUACGAGCAGCCGAAACAGUUACCGGCACCGUGUCUGCUCCGACUACGGCCACUCAAAAAUCACAGGUUUCCGAUGAAGCACUCGACAAAGCACUCAGUGAUAAACGGUAUCUGAUGCGGCAGCUGAAAUGUGCCCUUGGAGAAGUGCCAUGUGAUCCGGUUGGAAAGCGGCUGAAAAGCUUAGCUCCUUUCGUCCUACGCGGUGCCUGUCCGCAAUGUACUCCAACCGAGAUGACCCAGAUCAAGAAAACAUUGGCCCACCUGCAGCGAAACUUCCCUGCCGAGUGGAACAAAUUGGUGCAGACGUACGCGGGUUGAAGGACAUGGGCUUGUUUUUCGGAAUUUAACCAUCGUGCCUACUGGAAAACGUGUUGCUUCCGUAGUUAUAAGAAAUGAUUUUUUUUUCUACAAACACUAAACCAAAAUGACAAUAAAAAUUGUUUGCUCAAAA